GCAGCUUACGUUAUUGUAAUCAAUGUCAUAACCGUCCUUAUAUUGCAGAUCAUUACCGCGAAAAACGGCCGUCAAGAGGUAUGGAUUCUCACAUCGUCGUUCCAAAAAUUCAUGACCGGGGCUAUGAGCUCGAACGAGACAAACUUCCGAAUACAAGCCGGUUAUGUGGACGAGCUGAUUCGCGGUACCAAGUGUAACGGUGCGCGUCUCAACUUUGACGGUUACGGGGCGCCGAUACUCGCCAAAUGAAGAUCGUGGCACCGCGGGGAGUUCGAUAAUUCGCGUUUUCAGACGGUGACGUCCGUCCGGUGGCACAAGUAUCC